GGUUUAUGAGUUACUCAAUGUCUUUGUGUCAGAACUCAGCUUUGCUUGCGCUAGCGUUGUUCGUCGAAAUUUUCCUUGAUCACUUUGCAAUAUUUUCGUCUUUAGCGAUUUUUCUUUAAGCUCUCAGUACGAAGAUGACGUUCAGCAAGACAAAAUUAUUAAGAACCUUCGCGUUUACAUUUUGGGUACUCAUAACAUUGGUGAUAUUUACGACAUACCUAAUGUCAUUGCAAAGCAGUAGGCAGACAAGCGCCCGGUAUAAUGCAACAGCGGGUAUAAUGCAAACCGAUUUAUUAAUAAAUGAUAUACGUAAGUAAAAAGCUGCGCCCAGACGAUUAAGACCGCAUUCCAUUAACCAUUACGCUUUGUUCUUAAACCAUCUCGUCAAAUUUAUAGUAAAUCAAGCGGAAGACAUUAUGAAACUCCGUCAAGCAGAGUUGCCAAAUGUGCCCUUCGAUUUGUGGCACCGCCUGGAAUCGAUGCGCCUAAAUAGCUCUUGCGCCUACGCGCCAACGAUACAGUGGCUGCGCUUUCACAACGACUACUGGCAGGUGUUUCACAAUGCCAACUUCACUUAUCAUCUCUUCAAUGCGUAUUACGAUGCACGCGCGCAUGUCACACAGUCCAGCGCAGUGGUGCGCGUGCUGGCCAUGUUGAAAGGCAUGGUACCACCAAAAAAUAAGAUCCACUGUCAGUUGUGGUAUGACAGUGACGAUAAGCCGACGAUUGUGCCGGUGGUAGAGCAACGGCUCGUGUGGCACAUUGACUGGAUUAACGAUGCUAAUAAUUUUCCACAUUUACUCACAUGCGGAGUACCGCCGACAACGCGGAAAGCGGUGGCACCGCGCGCCGUCUCCUUGGUGAUGAAUAUUUGUGACAGGGCCUCGAAUAUAUUGCGCGUACUAUAUGAAAGACCGACCGGCAAUGAGACACAACACGGUUUUGCGGUUUGCCUGAAGGGUUUAGAUUAUCCUAAUGCUGAUAUGGGUCCACGUUUGGUUGAGUGGUUGGAAAUGCAGCGUCUGUUGGGCGCACGUAAGGUCAUCACCUACAAAUUGGUGCUGCAUCCGAAUUUGGAGCGUGUGCUGGAGCAUUAUGUGGCGGAGGGUUUCGUUGAAGUGCAUCCACUCAGUUUGGGUUUGGAGAUGGUGAGCAAACCGCUGUAUCUUCAUGAUUAUUUGCGCGUGAAUAUCGGGAACAAGCGCGUGAACGAGCUGGUGCCCUACAAUGAUUGUUUCUAUCGGAAUAUGUACAAGUAUUCAUAUAUUGUGACCGUCGAUAUCGAUGAGGUGAUCAUGCCGCUCGGCAAUCGCACCAACUGGCAACAGUUAAUCGAUGAAAUUGAGCAUUUGCGUACCCCUAACUGUCCUGAGGGCUAUGCGAGUGUUUGUGUGAGCAAUGUGCAUUUCCCUACCGAUAGUGUGAACUUUACCGAAACGUCGGCAGCGCCGCGACAUAUGUUCAUGUUACAGCAUGUGUAUCGCCAGGAACCUGAAGAAGUUGGUGAAGGCGCUAAAUGCCUUCACAAUAGCAGCGAGGCGCUGGUUUUACACAAUCACUACAAUUUAGGCGCUUUGAAGAGUUGUCGUUGGCGGGACUUGGAGCCCACGAUGGCGCAACUGCAGCACUAUUGCCGGCUUAAGAAUUCUGAGAAAUGGGAAACGAGGAUACUCGAUGAAAGCAUCUAUCGUUACAAAGACGCUUUGGUGAAUAGUGUGGAGCCGGUGUUGAAAAAGUUGUCCUAUUUGUGACGCUAUUUCUUUAAGUGUCUUCAUAGAUUGGUAAGGACUUAUAAUGGAAUUUUCAAGAAUAAUCAGCAGAAUGAUUCAAUUAAGAGCGGAGAGACUGUUAUUGUCGUUUUUAUACCGACCUUUGCUGUUACCGAAACGAGGUCAUAUUGGUCCCUUGUAUACAGAGUUAGGUUGAAAUUAGUUCGAAUGAAAUGAGGAAGUCCUCUCUGCCUUUGCAAAAGUACUCAUGGGUAUAGAUAAAGUUCCAUUUGUUCCAACUUUCCGAAAACUCAAUUUUCUUUUGAAAUCCACUUCACAGACUACUUCACUGAACCUUCCGAGCAUAUGGUCUUUUCCGCGGUGAAAUAUGCCGUAUCUUUCAAUAUCCUUGCUAAUUUAUGUCUCUUCAUAACAUAUAAUCUGGGGCAAAAUAUCGUAGAAAGUAACGGAAAUAAGGGAAAUAUGAACAAAUAAAAAACAAUCAGGUUUCAUUUUAAUAAAUAAAUCGAUUUUACUGUGGCUGUUACAUAGGUAGUACUACUAAUACCAUCUAUAUGAUUUCUAUUAGUUAGAUUAUAAAAAUUAUUUAAGGAAUAAUCGCAUUUUUGGUGAAGCAACUUGUGUUAGUUUACAAUAAAAUGAAUCAUAAAGAAUUUCGUGCUUUAAGAAAGAACUGGUUUUUGGGGUAAAAAUACUAUGGAAUUUGGGCUGUGCAUCAGUGAAAUCAAUCGAGUCCAAUCGACUGUCAGCCUAGUGGACUUCAUAUGUAUUAAGAAACGGUUCUCAAGCGUGGAAAGACAAAAAAAUCGGCUGGCAAGGUUAUGGCAUCAGUCUUUUGGGAUGUCCGUGGUAUAUUAUUCAUCGAAUGAUAAAUGAACCAGUUUUAAUUCAUUGCAUUGUGUAUUUGAUUGCAGUUAUAUUCUACCAUUCCUAAUAUUUAGCAGUUUUAUAAUUUUUCCGGAAGGAUCAGUUUGAAAUUGUACGCAUAUAUGUAUUCAGCGUUCCCGUUUAAAUAUUGCAUUGCUCUGUACAAUGCUUCGAAAAGAUUUCUGUAUAUCUCAAAUUUUAAUAGACCUUUUUAUCAACACUUCAGUUAUGCCAUUAUUUUUUUAUGCCAGACCUUUUGCAAUUGUAAAUUGCCUGUCAAGAUACCCCCUCCAAUAGUUAGCAGGUAUGAAAAAAAUGUUAUAGCUACCCAUAGAUGUAUUGAAUGACCCAAUUUAUUACUUAAGAACGAACAACUCUGUCCACAAUAUGAAAACUUGAUCUACAGAUGUCGCCUUUUACUUUGGCAUCGUUUUGUUUAAUGCACGUUUACGCCAAUUUAAGGUUUGAAUAUUGGAUACUGCGAUGGUAGCGCCAUCCAUCGGUCAAACAUUUAAAAUUAGCAAUUAAUUACAAAUGAAAAAUUAAUGUAAAAAAACAUUUUCCAGUGGACCAAAUUGUAAAUCUAAACCAUUCUCGAAUCUCCUUGAACAUACACACAAAAUUUCAUCAAAAUCGGUUCAUCCGUUUAGGAGCAGUUCAAAUGCAAACACACGGUCAGAAGAUUUAUAUAUAUAAAGAUUAACAAAAAUAUACCAAAAAAAUAUCUCAUCUAAAGUUUUGAUAUAAUGUUCUUAUGUUUACAAUUGAGUCGUGAGAAAAUCGAUUUCUCAAUUUUAUACGUAAACGUAGUCAGCACUUAUCGAUAACAAU